AUGGUCGCUACAUCAGAAGGGAAAAAGACAUUUGUCAUCGGCUCUCGCAAAUCACAAUUAGCUCUUGUACAGACUUACAUUGUCCGUGAUACACUCCAGUCAUUAUUUCCUCAGUAUGAAUUCAAAAUUGAGACCAUGUCAACCACAGGUGAUAAGAUUCUGAACCAGGCUCUCAGCAAGAUUGGUGAAAAGGCACUCUUCACAAAGGAGCUGGAGAUUGCUUUGGAGAAUGGCACAGUUGAUUUUGUCGUACAUAGUCUGAAAGAUCUGCCUACAGUCUUACCAGAAGGUAUGUGUUUGGGCGCCAUCAUGGAGCGCGAGAAUCCAAACGACGCUUUGGUCUUGAACGAGAGAAACAAGGGCAAGACAUUGAGUACUUUACCUGCUGGCUCGGUUAUUGGUACAAGCUCACUUCGCAGAGUCGCCCAAUUGAAGAGAAGAUAUCCCCAUUUGUCCUUCACUGAUGUGGUAAGCCGUUUAAAUACUCGUUUAGCCAAGUUAGACGAUGUCGAAGGACCUUAUAGCGGUAUCAUUUUAGCUGUUGCUGGAUUAAUGCGUCUUGGUAAAGGGGAUCGUAUAUCAGAGGUGUUGUCUUCAACAGAUUCACUCCAUGCUGUAUCUCAAGGUGCUCUUGGUAUUGAGUGCCGUAAAGCAGACGAGGAUGUACAGACUCUGCUGGAAUCUUUAAAUCACAACAACACUCGUAUCACUUGCUUGAGUGAGCGUGCUCUGAUGCGUACCCUGGAAGGUGGCUGUAGUGUACCCAUUGGUGUCAAUACCAAGUUAGAUUUAGAAAACAAUACUCUUUGGAUGCAUGGUUUGGUAGCAAGUUUGGAUGGUCAAAAUGUGAUUGAGUAUGAGCAUGAGAUCAGCCUUAUUGGUGCUGAUACCAGAGACCAGAGAGAAGCGUUAGCUGAGGGAUUAGGCAUUACAGUGGCAAAUACGCUCUGUAAGAAUGGUGCUGACAAGAUUUUGGCCGAGCUAUCCCAUCACCUCCCUUAA